AUUUCGAUGGAUGAUACAAUGAAUAAAAAAGAAACACAUAUAUCUAUAUCAAGUACGUCAUCAUCAUCAUUUUCAAUACCACAUUUUACAACACAUCAUGUAGAAAUAAUGAAUGAAAGGAAUGAAGAUAUACUUGCUCAAGAAAAGAAAAUCGUACGUAGAUUGGAUUGGAGAAUCAUGCCUUUGUUUUGCGUUUUUUAUUUCGCCGACUUUUUGGAUCGUGCCAACAUCGGUAAUGCAGCGCUGGCGGGCAUUCAAACCGAUCUUCAUUUAUCAGCUACUCAAUUUGGUUUUGGUAUUUCUGCAUUUUAUAUCACUUAUAUUAUAUUCGAAAUACCAUCCAAUGUCAUCUUGAAAAAAACUCGAGCCUCAAUAUGGCUUUCACUAAUCAUGUUAUUAUGGGGAAUUGCUACUAUUUGUUUGGCCUUUAUUACUGACUUCACUGGUCUUGUCAUUUGUCGUCUUAUUCUUGGGGCAGCACAAAGUGGAUAUAUACCGGCUAUUUUAUAUCAAAUGUCACUUGUAUACAAACCUAACGAAAUGUCCAUGCGCUUAGCAUUUUUAUUAACAAUGUCAUCUUUAUCCGGUAUUGUGUCUGGUCCACUUGCUUAUGCUAGUUCCUUCUUGGAAGGUCGUUUAGGAUUACAUGGUUGGCAAUAUUUAUUCAUCUUGGAAGGUGUUCCUACUGUACUGCUUAGUUUCCUAUCCUUCUUUUAUCUAUUUGACAAUAUUGACCGUGUGACUUGGUUAACAGAAGAACAAAAAACUUUACAACAUAUGCGUAUGGCCGAAUCUUCUCCUCCUUCUGUCACUCCUAUCACUCUCAAAACAUUUAUUCUUGCCUUUUCGGAUUGGAAAUUGUACAUGUUUUCCCUCGUUUAUUGUUUGAAUUCCAUUUGUAUGACUAGUCUUUCCAUCUUUUUACCAACCAUCAUCAAAGGUUUUGGUUAUCCAACAUUAACAUCACAAUUAUUGACAGCUCCUCCUUCCGUUGUCAAUUCGGUCUUUAUACUUCUUGGUGGUUAUUUGACUGAUCGUUUUGAUUUUCGUACACCUGUACUUAUGACAGGUUUUUCCAUCAUGGCGUUGGCAUAUACUCUGAUGUUGGUAUUAAAUGAUGCUUGGGCAUUGUAUGGGGUAUUGUUUAUUGUUGAAAUAGGUACUGGCUUAAUAGCUACUUCUGUUGUUGGUUGGUCUUCUGUGAAUUUCCCAGAUACUACAGUUCGAGCUGUAGCUGUCGCCGCAGUAGUCAUGAUUGGAAAUUCAGGUGGUGUGAUUGCUUCCUUUUUAUACCCUUCCACCAAUGCUCCUCGUCAUUAUUUUGGAAACACGUUUUGUCUUGUAUGUGCAGUGAUGGCCAUAGGAGCAACUGGGAUUACUGGAUUCUUACUUUAUAGGGCAAAUCAACGGCGCGCCUCUCUUCAAAUGGAAGUAGUUGAUGAAAAAAGUGGAAAGCAUAUUGAAAAUAUAGAUUUAAAUUACCGUUACCAUUACUAGAUUAUUAUUAGUGUUAUUAUUAUUAUUAUUUAGUGUGUAGUAUCAUCCAUUCUUCCUUUUUUAGCGUUCAAUGCGC